AUGUCGUUCCUCGAAAAUGCCUACAGCCUGGUCAAGGACAGUGCUGACGGCACGCCGACCGUGUCUGAGCUGAAGACGCAGCUCGAGAAGGGUACCGACGAGUCCAAGGUCGAGACCAUGAAGCGCAUCCUGACCAUCGUGCUGAACGGCGAUCCGCUGCCCCAAUUGCUCAUGCACAUCAUCCGCUUCGUCAUGCCCUCAAAAUCCAAGCAGCUCAAAAAGCUGCUCUACUUCUACUACGAGGUUUGCCCCAAGCUGGACGCGCAAGGGAAGCUGAAGCAGGAGUUCAUCCUAGUAUGUAACGGCAUUCGGAACGACCUGCAGCACCCGAACGAGUUCAUUCGAGGCAACACUUUGCGUUUCCUCUGCAAACUUCGUGAGCCCGAGCUUCUUGAGCCUCUCCUGUCAUCCGCGAGGUCUUGCCUCGAGCACCGCCACGCCUAUGUGCGAAAGAACGCCGUCUUUGCCGUCGCUUCCAUAUUCCAGCACUCGCCGUCCAUGAUUCCGGAUGCAGCAGACCUAAUUGCUACGUUCCUGGAAGGGGAAAAUGAUCCUACGUGCAAAAGGAACGGUUUCGCCGCACUGGCAAGCAUCAACCACGACAAAGCUUUGGCAUACCUGAGCACAAUCUUUGAUGGCAUCCCGAAUGCAGAGGAGCUCAUGCAGCUCGCUGAACUUGAAUUUAUUAGGAAGGAUGCCGUCCAGAACUCGCAAAACAAGGCGCGCUACUUACGCCUCAUUUUCGAUUUGCUGGAUGCGAAUACAUCUACAGUGGUGUAUGAAGCAGCGUCGUCCCUAACGUCCCUGACCAACAACCCAGUAGCUGUCAAAGCGGCUGCGGCUAAGUUUAUCGAGCUUGCGAUCAAGGAGGCAGACAACAACGUGAAGCUGAUUGUCUUAGACCGCGUGGACCAGCUCCGGAAGAGGAACGAGGGAAUCCUAGAUGACCUGACCAUGGAGGUUCUGCGUGUCCUUUCGAGCCCCGAUAUUGACGUACGGAAAAAGGCGCUCGAAAUUGCCCUCGAAAUGGUAUCGAGCAAAAACGUUGAGGAAGUUGUUCUUCUCUUGAAGAAGGAGCUGUCCAAGACGGUUGACCAGGAGUACGAAAAGAACAACGAAUACCGCCAACUGCUCAUCCACUCUAUCCAUCAAUGCGCCGUCAAGUUCUCAGAAGUUGCUGCCAGCGUCGUUGAGUUGUUAAUGGAUUUCAUUGCCGACUUUAACAACACAUCUGCUGUUGAUGUGAUCAACUUCGUCAAAGAGGUUGUCGAGAAGUUCCCCAAGCUCCGCCCAGCCAUUGUUCGAAGACUAGUAGAUACUCUCAGCGAAGUUCGGGCGGGCAAGGUGUACCGGGGCAUCCUCUGGAUUGUCGGCGAGUACUCGCUUGAUGAAAAGGAUAUCCGCGAGGCGUGGAAGAGGAUCCGGGCAAGUCUGGGCGAGAUUCCAAUCCUUGCAUCCGAGCAGCGACUGCUGGAUAAUAUGGAUGGCGACGACGAACAUAAGGAGAAGGAGCAAGUGAAUGGCCAUUCUAAAACGACUCCAGCGGGCUCCCGGAGAGUUCUCGCUGACGGCACUUAUGCGACCGAAACCGCCCUCACCAGCCAGUCAGGCGCAGCGGCCAAGCUAGAAGCCGUAAAAGCUUCGCAAAAGCCCCCCCUCAGACAACUUAUCCUGGACGGGGACUACUAUCUCGCCACUGUCCUCUCAGCAACCCUCACGAAGCUUGUCAUGCGCCACUCCGAGAUUUCAAAAGACGCCGCUCGAACAAAUGCUCUCCGAGCCGAAGCCAUGCUUAUUAUGAUUUCCAUUAUCCGGGUUGGCCAGUCCCAGUUUGUCAAAGCACCUAUUGACGAGGACUCUGUGGACCGCAUUAUGAGCUGCGUACGCUCCCUUGCCGAGUUCAACACACAUAACGAGCUUGAGACUGUCUAUCUCGAGGACACAAGGAAGGCUUUCCGGGCAAUGGUGCAAGUGGAAGAGAAGAAGCGCGAAGCCAAGGAGGCCUAUGAGAAAGCCAAGACUGCUGUGCAGGUCGAUGACGUGGUUUCUAUACGUCAACUUUCCAAGAAGAACGCUUCGGAUGGCAAUGAUACCAUUGAGCUCGAUCUCGAGCGUGCCACUGGCGGCGAUAGCGGUGCGGCCGAAGACUUAUCCGGAAAGCUGAGCCGAGUCGUCCAACUUACCGGCUUCUCUGACCCUGUCUAUGCCGAGGCAUAUGUAAAGGUUCACCAAUUCGACAUUGUGCUCGAUGUGCUGUUGGUCAACCAGACAACCGAAACGCUGCAGAACCUGACGGUAGAAUUCGCUACUCUAGGAGAUCUCAAGGUUGUCGAGCGGCCAACAAGCCAGAACAUCGGACCACACGACUUCCACAACGUCCAGUGCACCAUCAAGGUGUCGUCCACGGACACUGGUGUCAUUUUUGGAAACGUCGUUUACGAGGGCGCGCACUCGACUGACACAAAUGUCGUCAUUCUGAACGACCUGCACGUCGAUAUCAUGGACUACAUCCAGCCUGCCACGUGCACAGAGACGCAGUUCCGGACAAUGUGGACCGAGUUUGAGUGGGAAAACAAGGUCAACAUCAACAGCAAGGCCAAGACCCUCCGCGAGUUCCUAGAUCAGCUGAUGGCCUGCACCAACAUGAACUGCCUCACGCCUGAAGCAAGUCUCAAGGGUGACUGCCAGUUCCUAAGCGCAAAUCUGUAUGCCAGAAGUGUGUUUGGCGAGGAUGCUUUGGCAAAUUUGAGCAUUGAGAAGGAAGGCGAUGACGGGCCCAUCACCGGCUUUGUGAGGAUACGCAGCAGAUCCCAAGGGUUGGCCCUGAGCCUGGGGUCGCUCAAGGGGUUGAACAAGAUCGGGUCGUCUGCUUAA